CCGGAAAUGUGUAAUGAAUGAGGUCAUGCAGAAGGAGGAAACAGAUCUCGAUAGCUAAGAUGGCGGAGGAGCAGCAGGAAUCAUCACAGGCAGAGGGGGAGGGGGUGAACUGCCUCGCAUAUGAUGAGGCCAUAAUUGCUCAACAGGACAGAAUUCAGCAGGAGAUAGCCAACAGUAACCCUUUAGUGUCGGACAGACAGGACCUGGCGGUGCUGCAGAGGGAAUACGCUGAGGAGGACACAGUUUAUCAGCUCAAGAUCAAGGACCUACACAAAAAAUACUCGUACAUUCGUAAGACGCGACCAGAUGGGAACUGUUUCUACAGAGCCUUCGGCUUCGCGCAUCUCGAGUCGCUGCUCGAUGACAGCAAAGAACUGCAGAAGUUCAAAGCCGUGGCAACUAAAAGUAAACUGGAACUGGUUAACGAGGGCUUCACUGAGUUUACCAUUGAAGACUUUCACAAUACUUUCAUGGACCUGAUCGAACUGUGCGAGAAGCAGCCGCGCCUGCAGGAGCUCCUGAACUCCUUCAACGACCAGAACGUGUCGGACUACGUGGUGGUGUACCUGCGGCUGCUCACCUCGGGCUACCUGCAGCGAGAGUAUGGCUUCUUUCAGCACUUCAUAGAGGGAGGACGCUCCGUCAAGGAGUUCUGUCAGCAGGAGGUAGAGCCUAUGUCUAAAGAAAGUGACCACAUCCACAUCAUUGCAUUGGCCCAGGCCCUGAAUGUAUCCAUCCUGGUGGAGUACAUGGAUAGAGGAGAGGGAGGAACAGUCAAUCACCACGUCUUCCCUGAAGGUGGCGACCCACGCAUCUUCCUCCUCUAUAGACCUGGCCAUUACGACAUCUUGUACAAAUAACACUCCUGGCCACAGCCCGCCUCAUUCUCCUCCCGCUGCACGCUACAGCACUGGGGUUAAAAAACAACAAAAAGAAAAACGUCAGCAGCAACGUUGAUGAAACAUACAUCUGUGUAUACGAUCACACUUAUGUAUUUAAAAAAAAAAAAAAAAAAGAUAAAAUUACAUUACAUGCCUCCCUUACCCCUCUCGUCCCAAACUCCCAAGUUUAUCCUCAGUCAGCACACCAUGGUUAAUUAAAUAAUCUUUGGAAGAAAUAGAAGUGACUCCAGGCAUUUAGAGUUGUACAGGUUUUUUUUGUGGUUGUAAAUGUUAUCUACUUGCUUUAUGUUGGAUUAUUUUCCUUUGUUACACUGCGUUUCAUUAAGUUUUAUUAAAGGGAUUUACAUCUUA